CAAUUUUUUAGUCCCCCAAUAAAAAAAUCAUAAAUUAGUUCUAUAUAAUGGCGAGGAAUCGAGCUGCUCAUCAUAAAAGCUAUGCCGACACUCACGCCUAUAGUUGAGCCUACUACUCUCCCCUAAACCAAAGCUAUGCCGACACCUCAAACUUCUUGUUCUCUACCUAAAUAUUUGCAGGAUGAUGGUCUGACUGAAGAAUGCAGGGACUUAAUAACCUCCCUUCCUACAGAAAGAGGUUGGGUUGCCGAUCAUUUCUUUCAAUAUCAGGGUUUUUGGCACCACAGUAGACAAUUACAAGGAGUUUUAACUUGUCAAAAUCAUUUUCAUGCUCAAGAUUCUGAUAUCCUCCUUGUCACCACUCCAAAGUCGGGCACCACUUGGUUGAAGGCCAUAACAUUUGCCCUAUUCAACCGUUGGCUCUAUGCUGAUGAUCCUCAACAACACCCUUUGCUCACAAACAACCCUCAUGAGCUUGUACCCUUCUUGGAACUUAAACUAUACGUUGACAACCAGGUUCCUGAUCUCACCACCUUGACCUCUCCGAGGCUCUUUGCAACUCACUUGCCAUUUGUCUCCUUGCCCACAUCUGUCAAGGACUCGGCUUGCAAACUUGUUUAUUUGUGUAGAAAUCCCAAGGACACUUUUGUGUCACUUUGGCAUUUUACAAACAAGCUGAGGCCUGCAGAAAAGGGCACCAACUCUCUUGAAGAGGUUUUGGACAUGUUUUGCAGAGGAGUGAGCCUGUAUGGACCUUUUUGGGAUCAUGUUUUGGGCUACUGGAAGGCAAGCAUGGAAUUACCUGAAAAGGUAAUGUUCUUAAAGUAUGAGGAAAUGAAAGAACAGCCAAAAGUUCAAGUAAGCAGGUUGGCAGAGUUCAUGGGCUGCCCAUUUUCGCCAGAAGAGGAGAAAGAAGGUGUGGUGGAUGGUAUCUUGAAAUUAUGUAGCUUCGAUAGUUUGAGCAAUUUGGAGGUGAACAAAAGCGGGAAAAUGUCGUCGGGAGAGGAGUACAAGGCGUUUUUCCGGCGAGGGGAGGUCGGAGAUUCGGUGAAUCUUCUGACAGAUGAGAUGACCAAACGCCUCGAUGAGAUCACUGACGAGAAGUUGCAUGGUUCUGCGUUAAAAUUCUGAUAUCGUACGUAUAUUUGCUGUUUAAUAAAACUACGGGUUUGCAUUGUAAUUCAAAUAAAUAUAUAAUUACUUGAAUAAAAUUAUAUAUAUUUAUUUUAAAUAUAUAAAUAUA